AUGGCCGUGGUGGACAUCAAACUCCCACCAGUGCCGGGAGAGCUCAAGACUAUAUCUGUGUGGAUCUCUCGAGCACAAGAACUCAAAGGGAAGGAGCCAGUAAUAGCCUACUACUGCUUGUACCAUGCAACCCAAACCGGAAUUGGCGCCAAAACGAAAGAAAAGGAGGCGAAAAAUUUCUUGAUGGAUUUGAUGACUACUCUCGAAACGAUGAAAGAACAGCUCAAAGACCACAACGAAAUUAAUAGCGAUGAAGCUGCCGCCAAAUAUAUCCAAGCGUUUGCCCUCAAGGUCUUUGCAAAUGCGGAUAAUGAGGACCGCAAAGGUGGCAGUACUCGGUCUACCGCAAAGAAAUUUUUGGCGGCUAGCAAUUUCUUUGAGCUCCUUACAAUCUUUGACGCAAAAUAUUUGAAUCCGGAUUUGAAUGUAUCUGAGAAGAUUAAAUAUUCAAAGUGGAAGGCUUCAGACAUCGCCAAAGCAUAUCGAGAGGGCCGAGUCCCCCAAGCUGGCCCACCUGCGCUAUAUGAUGCAUCCGAAGACGAACUUGGGGAAAAGGUGACAGCAUCUCACUCUGAACCGGACGAAUUCAGCGCCAUCUCGAGUUACAAUGCGGCAGUCAAAUCUAUAACCGUCUCUUCCUCGACACCACCUAUUGAGGCGAAUGAGAAGGCUGCCGACGUUCCAUCCCUUUCCAAGCCAGCCCUUCAAUCUUCUUCCUCCUCCAAUACUAUAGACACCGUCACCCCUGCGCGCACUCCGAUCGUGUCACCGACCCCAAAGUAUAUCAACACUUCGCCAGCGACGAGUCCCUAUGUUAUCGAUGUCUCUAGUCCCACGUCGACCGCAGGCUCAAAAACUCCGCUGAAGACACCCGGUCUGUCGGAUGGCCUUUGGUCUACGGCUGCGACGCCGGGCAUCGAGUCUCCAAACAUGUUUUCGCCAUUCCCUGGUGGCUCGUUUGGCAAGGCAGCAGCGAGUCUAAUGAAUCCUGCCACUUUGGCCAAGUUUAAUGCGUUGAAGAAGGCCGAGGCAUCCCCUAUCAGUCCAAAGUCCAAGUCUGGCCUCAGUGCGAUGUUUGUUCCACCGGAAGUAGAGGAUGCUGGGGAAGAAGCCAAAGCAAACAGUGGUAAUGACACUGACGAGGAUGAUGGUCAGUGGUCAACCGGCGGGAAUGACCCAAUGAGCCGCCAGCCUACGAUGAUGCCCCCAGGGACCGGCUUGAAUAACGCUCCUGGGCUCGUAGUCACCCCGAGUCUCGGAGCCGUUCAAGAAGAAGGCAUUGUUCUGGCGGUCCCACUUCCGCCAUCCGCCAAUAAUACUGCUCCAUCCUCGCCAGACAAUCGACCCAACAGCUUGCUGUAUGCCGCGUCUCAACCUCUCCCUCCCAUCUUACCCCCAUCCGUCCAAACACCAUCAUCCAUCAAGUCUGAGACCCAUGCUUUGCCAGGAGUGGACAACAAGUCGUACAAGUAUACAUCCCAUGUAGUGGGUGAUUCCACUAGCGAUGGAGAAGCCAGUUACAACGCGCCUCGUCGCACGAACGCCACCCAGAAGGGCACGAAUCUGGCGCCGGAUGCGUCUCAUUCUACGCACGGACGUUCCUCGUCAAUCAACGAGCCACCUCUAUCUGCCCCUCCAACAACCGCAAAGCCAAGUGGCUCGGCUCCCGAUGAUGAUUGGGAGCGAACGAGUCUCAGUCGAUUGGCUAGGCUUCCUCACGGAAACAGCGAGAUGGACAGCCUCUCUGAGCGUCUCCGUGAUCUUGGAGAUUUGAACACUUCUACACCUUCACUGCAUUCUACCAGUCCGGGACCCAGCGAUUCCAAUGAUCCCGAGCAUAAAACGCGACGAAAUACGAUACGAGCGAGUGCACCGAGUCGCCCUGUCAGUACCGACUUUGGUUUGAGUCUUCCGGGAGUACCAUCUGCACCCCCGGUCGGCGAAUGGAAGGGCAAAGGCAACGAUGAUGGAAGCGAUUCCGGUGGUGGCGGCGACAUGAUGGCACGAUUGCCAUCAGCGCCUGCUGUUCCCCCAAUUGUUCAAGAUCAACUUCCUCAUGUCACCGUGUUGCCAAAACCUUCCACACCUCGUGAAGAAAUUCAUGUUAAUCCUUACUUCCCGGCUCAGGGAACCCCUUCUGCACCUUCCUCUCGAUUCACCCCAUAUUCCGAACACCCGGCUAUCAAUGGAUACAAUACAACGUCUCCACCUUCUGUACCACCGAGUGCGACUUCUUCAACCUUCAUUCAUCGAGGGUACACUCCACCGAACAGCGUGACGUCUCCUCAGGCGUCGUCUGUAAAUGGUAUCCUUCCUCCUACUCAAUACGGUGCUCCGAUGAUGCAUCCAGCCGGUCAGUAUGCACCCUCCGUACCCAUUGGAUAUCAUAACGGGAUGAUGAACGGCACUGGUCCGGCACGAGACGAAUUUGGGAUCGAACUGCCAAAUAGACCACCGCCCACCGAACUGGACCCGGAGACGAUUGGCAAAGCACAGAAGCACACCAAGUUUGCCCUCUCUGCUCUCAAUUUCGAGGACUUGGAGACCGCUCGUGAAGAACUCAAGAAGGCGCUUCGACUGCUUAGCUGA